CAGAUCUAGGGCUAUUUAAAUUGGACGUGGAGAGGCGAGAGAGAGAGGAGUGGCGAUGCGCAAGAACAGGAAGGCCAUGCUCUUGGCGCUGUGGAUUCUAUGGAUUUCUCUGGCUGGGUUGUGCGCGGCGGCGGCGGCAUCGGAUGCUCAACCCGAGAUUACUGCAGCGGCAGCUCCUCCCGCCGGCAAGGAGGGUACUCUGGCGGAAAUGUUCGAUCGGGUGCUGGAUAAGGAGUUCUCGGACAAGGAGGAUCCGCAAGAAGGGAAAGUGGGCAGUAGCUUCAACAGUAGUGUGGCCGAUCAGCAGGCUGUGUUAGAGACUGUCGCUAGAGUAACUCACGAUAAACAGAAGAAGAAUGAGACGCAGGAUCAGAAAAAUGGAACCUCGAAACCAUUCCAAAUCCACGACGUUUUUAACUUGGAUCCCGACAAUGGGGCCGAAGAGCUGCCAACGCUGAUUGACAAGAAGGACAAUGUUUUUGUGAUGUCAAACUCAAGAUCCGGGCAUAUGGUACUUCAACAGGAUCUUAGAUUGAUUUCCGACUUGGUGGUUGUGAUUGUGUCCGCGGCCGUCGGAGGCAUUUUAUUUGCGUGCAUGGGACAGCCGGUUAUCACUGGAUAUUUAUUAGCGGGGUCCAUAAUCGGGCCUGGUGGGCUAUGCAUUGUUAGCGAGCUUGUACAGGUGCAAACUGUGGCUGAAUUUGGGGUGGUCUUCCUACUUUUUGCCCUGGGCCUUGAGUUUUCUUCCUCGAAGCUUCGUGUCGUUAAGGGAGUCGCUGUCUUUGGUGGUCUUAUUCAAAUCCUGCUUUUUAUGUGUCUGUGCGGUUUCGCUGCUAUGAUUUUUGGUGCGAACAUCUCAGAGGGAGUCUUUGUUGGUGCUUUCCUUUCGAUGUCGUCCACAGCAGUGGUGUUGAAAUUUUUGAUGGAAAGAAACAGUGUGAGCCUCCUGUAUGGACAAAUAACUGUUGGAACACUAAUUCUUCAGGAUUGUGCUGUUGGUAUAUUGUUUGCUUUGCUCCCGGUACUCGGAGGAGAGAGCGGGAUGAUUCAGGGAGCUUUGUCCAUUAUUAGAGGGUUGAUAGUUCUCUCAGCUUUCAUUUUGUUGACGGCAUUCACCGCGCGUUCUCUUCUUCCGAGAGGCAUGAAAUCGUUAAUGCGCCUGUCCACUAUGACAAACGAGCUCUAUCAAUUGGCAGCGGUUGCAUUUUGCUUGUUCGUAGCUUGGACAAGUGAUAAACUGGGGCUCAGUUUUGAAUUAGGAGCGUUCACAGCAGGCGUUAUGGUUUCCACGACGGAUUUCUCUGAGCACACACUUCAUCAGGUGGAACCGAUCCGAAAUUUGUUUACGGCGCUUUUCCUUGCAAGCAUUGGAAUGCUUAUCAACGUCAGCUUCCUCUGGACGCAUAUUGAUAUUCUCGUCGCAUCGUUGGUUCUUGUACUGAUAUCGAAGCUUUUCGUGAUAUCUGUGGUAGUCAAGGCUUUUGGUUACAACACCAGAACCGCAUUGAUGGUUGGAAUCUCGUUAGCGCAAGUUGGAGAGUUCGCUUUUGUGUUGCUCAGUCGCGCGUGGAACCUCCACCUUUUACAGAAAAAGCUCUACUUGCUUCUUCUGGGCACCACAGCUCUUAGUUUGGUUACGACCCCUCUAUUCUUUAGAAUAGUCCCCGUGAUACUCAAGAUAGGCACUAUAAUGAAGUGGUUUCCAGAGUCUACGCAAGUGGAAAUCCCUGCCGAGAAUGAGGAGUUUCCCUUGUGAUCCAAGAUCCAAGACUGCGAUGUACAGUAAUGAGCGUGAAAAGUUGAUUCGUUCGCAUUGGAAAUUUACAAGAGUAAACUUUCGAGCUGAAA